CACAAUUUGAAAAAUGGCGGACGAAGCUGUGGAAAAUGCUGCACAGGUGCUGGGUACAUUGAAAGAGGCAUUCACUCCACCAAGAAGAGGCAAUCCUCCUCGAAUUCGCAAGAAAAAUAAGCUGAUAUUUGGUGACGAAGAUGACGUUGUCGCUGCUAAAAGUCCAAAGAAACAAUCAAGGCACAGUGCAAGCAAGAGCCAGGGCAAACAAUCCAAUAGAAAGACUGCUGCAACAGCUAGUAGCAUUGGACUAAUUCAGCAAAAGGCAGCAGUUCUAAGUACACCUGACAAGAAGGUUGCCCAAACAAUAGGUGUCCGCCUCAGGAACCUCCUGAAACUACCUAAGGCACACAAAUGGGUCUGCUAUGAAUGGUUCUACUCAAACCUUGACAAGCCUUUGUUUGAGGGAGAGAAUGAUUUCUCUAUAUGUCUACGUGAGUCAUUCCCACAGCUGAAGACAACCAAACUGUCCAGAGUAGAGUGGUGUAAAAUCAGGAGACUGAUGGGCAAACCAAGGAGGUGUUCCCCAGCAUUCUUCGAAGAGGAGAGGAGAGCUCUGAAUGCCAAGAGGUGCAAGAUCAGACUGCUUCAACAGAGAAAAGUUACAGAACUAACCAACUUUAAGGACCUGCCCCCUGAGAUUCCUAUGCCACUUGUUAUUGGAACUAAAGUAACAGCACGUUUGAGACAACCCCAAGAUGGACUGUUCACUGGGACAAUAGAGGCCUUAGAUACAGUACACAAUACAUACAGAGUCACCUUUGAACGUGGAGGCCUUGGCACACAUUCUAUACCUGAUUAUGAAAUACUGAGCAACGAACCUCAAGACACAUUACCCAUUUCCGCCUUCCAACAGAAAAAUCGCCAGAGGAAUCCAUUCCUGUCGCCACCGCGAUUUAUUCCUGGACUAAGCUCUCCCCAACUUGGAGAUAAUGACCCCCUCCUUGGGGCAUCGCCUCUUAAGGGUCGCAUCUUACAGAUGGAUGGAGGAACAUACGGUGGAUUUCCAAUAAAGUUUUUAGUCCUGGUUACCCGGUUAUCAAAAAUAUUAACAAUAAAAAAGGAGAAGGUGAAAGAGCUACGGGAGAUGAAUACUCAAGCUGAAAAAAUGCUUGCUUAUCUAUUCCAGAAAUCAUACGUGGAGCCAAUCACAAUAGACUUCCAGAAGAAAUAUGCAGGGCUCGUGCUGGAGUUGGAAAGAUUGAACAAAGACCUGAAUGACUACCUCAACCAAAUUCAAGAGCUGGUACCAGAUACAGGAAUGAACGUGGUGGACCAACCUAACGAGAUCAAGCAGAAAUGUGACAACGAGGCUGAGCAGAUAGUGAAGAGUACAAAUGCCAGUCAGGGCUACAAGCGCAUGGCUAAAAAUGAUAAUUCCCUCGAACUCAUCACCAAACUAACCUCAAUCAUGUUGCAAAUAAAGACAUUUGCUGAAAACGACAGCAACUCAUUUGAGUUCAAGUCUCUCCAGGACACAUUGACAGAAAUAAAAGGUUCUUUGGAUCCAAACAACCUAGGGGUGUUCCAGAACAAUGUUGAGAUCCACGUUAACCACAUACAGAGUGGGCUCAGUCAGAUGGGAAACCUUCAUGCAUUCUCAACAGCAGCUCUAAAGUUCUGAAUCACUACACCAUGGACUAUGGGUUGACACAACCAGUAAUGUUAGUGAGGCUCAGAGGUUUCUUGGUUGACAUUGAGGAAUAUGAUUAAUAUUGAGGCAUUUGGUUGAUCUCAAGGCAUCAUGAUUGACAUUGAGGCAUUUGAUUGCCCUCAAAAAAAUUUGAUUGACAUUAAGAUAUCUUGGUUGGACUAGAUACACUGUGUUUGACAUUGAUGUAUGAUUGACA